AAAGUGAAUAUUUUUUUUUUUUCAAUUCUGGGGGCGGGAAAGCGAUUAUUUGUCAUGAUUAUUUAAACAAUUCUUUAGCGUUACACCGCAAUAGAUUACCACAUUUAUUUCCUCCUCCCCCGGAAAACUCAAAACUGGGUUUUAGACGAAUAGACGUAACCCACUAAAUUUUCAUUAGACUGAAAGAGUGAAAGAGCAGAGCAGCUUUAAUGGCCUUGCAAAAUAAUUAAUGCCAUGGUUUAGAAUUAGGAAACCUUCAAGAGACUAUAAUAGCAUUGCCAAACAUGCCAAUGAUGGAGUAGUUAAGUCAGAUAAAUGGACACUUUGCUGCUGGAACUCUUGUCGGUUUUAAUCAUAGUCGUCGGAUUUCCAAACAUGGGAUUCAUCGUCGUCGUACGUGUUAAUCUUAUAACGUGAACUUCAGGAUUGGCUUUCACGAACCACUUUCAUUCUUUGCUCAUAAAACUACAACCUACGAGCUGGGGGCCUAUUUGUUAGGAAAAAAGUCGUUCCUGAUAAUACCAGAAUGACCACAAUUAAUAUUCACUUGGCGUUGCAGUGAAGGUGUUAUCUAAUCUAGUGGUUCAAUUCAAGUAACACUAGCAAUAACUUACCAGACUUUCCGUUAAAAUGUGGUUUUUGGCCGUUGCUUAUGAAGUGUGAAACAUACAUCUCUUUCAUGAGAAAACGAAAAAAAAAAAAACAGGGGCAAAAGUGAACUGGUUUCUCUAUCGUAAAUCCCCUUUGGCUGUGGACGAACAUCGAGUGUUCUUAGAAAUUGUGAAACUCAAGAACGAAUUCCAUGCGCAAUAUUUUGGCGUAUUGCCAGCGGUUUGUUACACCUCAAUCAUCAAGCGCGGUACUAAUAAAAGGAUUGCAGUUAAUUAAACAAAAACACAGUUUGUUUCGCCAUCACAAAGAGUAAAGGAAAAGCUCAGACAAACCCGCUCUUUUUGGAACACGAAACAUUUAAGGAAAUGUUGUUUUCAGCAAUAAUAUUUGCGACUGCUGUCGCACUGGUAUUGGCAAACAACGCGCCAACCUAUCCUAGAUAUAUCUCCAGUACGACCGACAAUUCUUAUGGAAGUUAUCAUCCGUUCAAUGCUGCUGCUCCAGUUCCACAAAAUAGGAAACCAUCUAAUGCUUCUUUUGCUGAUGAUGGCUGUGGGGACUCCUCUGUCCGAUUUAAGGGCGAUGGAUACUGUUAUCCACUUCUGAAGAAAGGUCCUUGCUAUAGUGUGUUGCUUUGGAUAACGGUCGACCCGUAUACUUACGAGGGAAUAUGUACUCCUCGCCUUUGUGGUAGAGAAAAAGUGUUCGUCGGUCGAGAUGGUCUUUGUCACGAUAUUUUAGACACUAAAGAGUGUCGCGGAGGUAGGCGUCUAUAUUACUCGGCUUACGGAGAUCCAAUUUGUGAUUGUCCUAUUGGGCAAUAUCCAUUCCCAUCAGAGAAUGACGAUUGCGUUCCUUUAUUUACCCAAGGACCGUGUCCAACUUAUCAGGUUGUAUCCGUUAGUUCAUCAGGUAAAUUAGAGUGUGCCCCCAACACUUGUCAACUCGUUGAUAGAUACCAAGAUUUCCUCCUGCAAUUGGUCCCAGUUAAACAAUCAAUUAUAAGUAAUCAUAAAUACGGUAAUGGAAAUGGACAGGAACUGUGCCAUGCGUUGGGCAGCUGUGGACCUUGCUCACCUUCUGAACUUUUCGGUUACAACGUCUUUCGCCCUCAGGGAGAGUGUGUUGACAUGAAUGACCCUAGAACGCCAUACUUUUCUUCUCCGGAAGAGAACGCAAUUUUAGAUGAAGUCUUCGGUCGAGCCGCAAACGAACCCAAUAAUAGGUUUUACCGUGCACAACGUUUAUCAAGAAAACGAAGACAAGGACCCAAUACUUUGGGGAUAUUCCAACAGCCAAGUAGAAUUCCAACAUCUCUCCUAAAUCCCUGUCAACCUGGCGGUCGAAACGGAAAUAACUUCAAGUGUGCAAAUCCUGUGGUUCCUAGUAGACCCGUCCGCGACGUUAGUCAGCCUGUCAGUCCUGCUUUCGGUUGCCGACCAAAUGAUUUCUUGCAAGCUACUGGACAAUGCGGUAGCAACCGUGGGCCAGCCAGCUGCGGACCUUCCUUCCAAUUCAUCCCAGCUACAAACCAAUGUAGACCACGCUUUUGAUAAGGAAUUGCCUGAAAAAGAUUCGAUACAGUUAUAUUAUUAAAUUCCGAUAAUUUGUAUUUCGGCCUGGUAUCCUUUUCGUAAUUAAUUGUUUAGACUAUCUCACUUGGAAAACUUAUCUAUUUCAGGAAACAAACCGGCAUAUAAGUAAUUAAACAAGAUAGUGGAUAACCCUAAAAUUCACUUCUCAAUAUUUGUACUAAUAAUUUCGUAAUUGAUGCGAAAAUACAAGUCUCUUGAUAUUGCACAGUUA